AAACUCGAGUUCGCGAUAAAAGAGAAUUUGUUAACUUUUUUGAACAAUUUUCGUAAAUUUCGUGAUAAAAAUAAAGGUGUAAGAACAAAUUGAACUCAUCUGCAACUCUUGCCGUCAUUAUCGUUGGAAAAAAAGGCCUUCCCGGCCGUACAAACCGUGCAAACUGCAGCCAGAACCCCAAAAAGACCGGGCUGAGACCGCUAAAAAAGGGUUCUAAAUCUUUUACAACACUUCUAGAACCAACUCACUAUCAACCCAAUGUAAUGCAGAAAUCUGCGGCCGAGAUCCGGGUGUCUCGAAAGGAAACCCGAGGAAACAGCUAUAACGGCAAGAUCUCUUUCAAUUAAGAUUACGGAUAGCCUACCAUAGCAGAGGGCUAUAUCCUCAGAGUAGUUUGCCCAGGAAGCUAGCCGUCCUGGGGUAAAUCCUCACUGAAGAAAAAACAGCAAUCUUGAUCCAAUAGUCGGAAAUCUCCUCGGUAAUCCUGUGCGAUAAAAAGGAUGUAUAAUCGAUCGGUUAGACGAUGGAACGUAAGUGAAGGCGUAGCACUUCUCUUUGAGUGACCUCUUAUCAGCUGUGUGUAUUUAAGUGUGUGUGUGUGUAUCGCCAGCGUACCAAGAUUCCUCCGAGGAGCAAAGUCCUUCAGCAGCAGCAGCAGCCCACCGUCAAUUGCCUGCUUGGCUCGAUUGUCAUCGGAAACCGGUCAGAAUGAUCUUACGAUUAUACGCCUCAUUGAUCUUCUGCUGGGACAUACUGAUCAUUCUGGUGCAGCUCUUCCUCACUCUGCUAAAGUCACUGUUCCAUCUUGUACGGCCACCGAAAGCGAAAAGUCUGACCGGCGAGGUGGCGGCGGUGAUUGGCAGUGGACGUGGUGUUGGCUAUGAUCUCGCUCUUCAACUGGCAGCACUCGGCGUGAAGGUGGCUUGUAUCGACAUCAACACGACGGACAAUGAUCUGCUGGUGCGAAAGAUCCAGGCCGCUGGCGGUACGGCUUGUGCGAUCGAGUGUGAUGUCACGGAUAAAGCUGCCGUCGGCAAAAUGGUGGCCACUGUCGAGCGUAAUUUUGGCACGAUUAGUAUGUUGUUGCACUGUUGCAACGUGCCGAGUGCCCGAAGUCUCGUGACCGAACCACCGCCAAUCGAGUUUACGUUGAACCUGGGUGUUAUUUCCCACUUUUUGCUUCUAGAAGCAGUUCUACCAAAGAUGAAGAAAGUAUCACACGGCCAUAUCGUGUUCCUUACCUCGGUGGCUGGUGUCAGCGGGCUGAAGCAUCAGAUGCCAUUGGCCGUGUCACAGUUUGCCGUGCAGGGCCUGUACGAGUCAACGCUCGAGGAGUUGCGCAUCGAAAAGCGCCUACACACGAUCCACACGACCCUGGUGCACAUAUAUCCGUUCAUCAUUACCGAUCACUGCUUGAAUGAUAUUCGGUUGCGCAUCUCGUCCGCCUUCGGACGCAUCAAAUCCGACGAUGCAGCCCAGCGAAUCAUCGCCGGCGUACGGCGAAAUGACCUCGAAAUCAGCAUUCCGGGCUAUCUGUUGUUUCUAAGCCAUCUGCUACGGUUAUUGCCCCGCCGUGCCACGUUGCUAUUGCGCGAGUUGAUUGACACCGGGUUAGAUCUUUGAGGGAGCGAGCGAGAGCAUAAGUAGUCACCAAAAACGCCAAAUUUCGAAUGUAACGAUGCCCGGAAGCACUACGAUGGACGUUGCUUCUUUGUUUGUAUUAUGUUUGCCUCUUCUAUUUUCCUUCCUGAAAAUCCUCAGAAAUACGAUGAAUUUUCCGCGAUUGGCGGACAGCCGGAUGGUUGAUUCUUUUGUAUAUUGAGCAAAAGACUAAAUAUAAUUUAACUAACUUUCAUCA